CGCUGUUUCGUUACUAUGUCGGAGGUGGGCGAGGAGCAGGAGCAGCCCUGUGCUGCUGCUGCUGCCGCCGCUGCUCCUUUUCUGCCUCAGGAGGGCGGCCGGGGUGAAGGUGGCGAAGAUGCCCCGGAGGGCGUGGCCGGGCCUACGUUGGGGGUGCUCGAGUCGGCUCCCUCUUCGGCCGUUUCCCCGGUGACCGAGGAACCUGCGGGAGACACCAGGAAGAAAAUUGAUGUUUUGCUCAAGGCUGUUGGGGAUACCCCUAUAAUGAAAACCAAGAAAUGGACAGUAGAGAGAACGCGCACAAUUCAAGCCCUUAUUGACUUCAUCAAAAAGUUUCUCAAACUAGUGGCCUCGGAACAGUUGUUUAUUUAUGUGAAUCAGUCUUUUGCUCCUUCACCAGACCAGGAAGUUGGAACACUGUAUGAGUGUUUUGGAAGUGAUGGCAAGCUUGUACUACAUUAUUGUAAAUCUCAGGCCUGGGGAUGAAUUAGGAGCUGCAAGUGCUUGGGAUUCUUAGAAAAUGAAUGGGCUAUAAAGAUCUUCAGAAACAUUCCCCAGGGACAAACUGAAGGAAUGUCUGCAUUGUUACCCAUGGAGUUCACUUUAUUCUCCCUAUUUUCUCUACUUGUCAGUAUAGGAGAUAAAUACAAGAACUAUGUAGCCUCCCGGCUUCCAUUUUCUUCAUUUGAUCACUUGCUUUGUGCAAAUAAUUGCGUGUGUGCCAUCUGUACAGCUGAGCUGCCUGUCCUUGCUCCAGGAUGUGAGUCUUGUUUUGAAAGGACACUAUCUCCUGACUUGGAGAGUACAUGGAUCAUUAUUUCAUCAGGCUGCAUGGAAGUUUACAGCCUCCCUUUUAGGAUAUUUAUUGUAGAUGGGCAGCUGAAGUAUCUGUAUAUGUAUAAAAUAGUUACAUUUUCUUAUGACUAUUUGUUUUAAACACAGUUGCUGGGAUUUAACUUUGGAAUCUGUAGUCCCAAAGAGACUUUAGGAUGGUGUUUCUCAAGCAGCAGCCCUCCCAACUAAUCUCCUUCCUUCCCCUUAUUCACUACACAACAAAGUAUAUACAAUGAAAUGCAGAAAUAUAAAUGUAGGAAUAUUGGGCAGCUUUGAGAAUAAAGGUUAACAUUUAACAAAUUA